CAAAAUUCUAACCUUAGAAUACGCAAAUUAAGCCGUUUCAUCGCUCGCAAACAAAACUAUCCCAAUUCAGUUUUUGCUAUUUUACACUUGUUUUCAUAGAGUAGUGAAUAUUAAAAUUAAAUAAUGAGUUCAAUUGGCGCUGGAUACGACUUGUCAGCAUCUCAAUUUUCUCCUGAUGGCCGUGUCUACCAAAUUGAAUAUGCUGGUAAAGCAGUGGAAAUGAGUGGAACGGUAAUUGGAAUGCGUGGAAAGGACGGUAUCGUGCUGGCCGUGGAAAAGAUUGUUACAAGUGCAUUGUAUGAAGAUGACGCGGCUACCCGUAUAUUCACAGUGGAUAAAAAUAUUGGUAUUGCCAUUGCUGGUCUGCUGGCUGAUGGACGCUACAUUGUGGAUAUCGCACGUCAAGAAGCUGCCAAUUUUCGACAACAAUUUGAACGGACAAUACCACUGAAACAGUUAACAGAGCGUGUGUCGGCCUAUGUACACGCAUACACACUGUACAGUGCUGUACGCCCAUUUGGAGUGUCGGUUAUUCUAGCCUCAUGGGAUGAGAAACAGGGACCCCAAUUGUACAAAAUUGAACCAUCCGGCACUUCAUUUGGAUAUUUUGCAUGUGCCAGCGGAAAAGCUGAACAGCAGGCAAAAACAGAAAUGGAGAAAUUAAAAUUUGCUGAAAUGAGCGUAGACGACUUAGUGCAGAAUGCUGGCAGAAUAAUUUACCAAGUGCACGAUGAACUGAGAAAUAAAGAUUUCCAUUUCGAAAUGAGUUUGGUGAGUAAAGAAACGAAAGGUUUACAUCGCUUGAAUCCUCAGCCAUGGUAUGAUCAGGCAGUUCAAGCGGGUCUAGCAGCCAAGAAUGAAGAUGACAGUGAUAAUGAGAUAUAAUAUGAUUUUUUUAUAUAUAAAAUCUCGGUUUAGUAAUCUAUUGGAUUUUGCUAAAAAUGCGUAAACGUGCUUUUACCUAUUCAAUAAAAAAACGUAAUAAUCAAGUAGUAUGUGAAGCGAUUU